AUGCGGUUCCGUAUUCCAUCUCCUGUGCUUCCCUCUCCUGGCCUUUCCUCCGCUUCCCUCUCCUGUUCUUUUCAUCUGAUUCCCUUAUUCGCAAUGCUCACCUUUGCACUCGCUGUGCCAGCUCUCGCUGACGUCACACCCACUGAAGCCACGCCUGCUGCUGACGUCACAGCCGCCAGCACUACCACUCACUCACAGCGCGCCACUGCACCUCGCAAGCUGCUGCUGCUGCCUGCCUCCAAUCCCAGGCAGCUCAAGGGAGUAGCUUCAAAGAAUUGCACUGGUGGCGGCAGCUGUGGCGGCGGCAGCAGCGGUGGCAGCAGCGGCGGCGGCAGCAGUGGAAUGGACAAGGCAGCAAUUCUCGAGGAGCACAAUAAGGCGCGGCGGGCAGUGGGUGUGGCGGACCUCUCAUGGGACGACAAUGUAGCAGCAGCAGCGAAGCAGUGGGCAGAUGAGCUCGCCUCCAGCGGAUGCAAAAUGAAGCACGGAGCGGCAAAGGGGCUUGGGCAGAACCUGUACUGGAAGCGCCCUGCGCAGCUGAACAGUGGUGAGGACCGGGCGGCGGUGCGGGCGUGGGUGGCGGAGAAGGCGGACUGGACGUACAGUGCCGUGCCUAAUGGGUGUGCGGGCGGCAAGCAGUGUGGGCACUACACGCAGGUGGUGUGGCGGGGUACCCAGCGUGUCGGGUGCGCUGCUGCCCAGUGUGCGGAUGGGGGGGGCAUGUGGGUUUGCGACUACUCGCCGCAGGGCAAUAUGGUUGGGUCGGCUCCGUAUUAG